ACAGCACCAGUCAGUUGAUAUUUACAACGCUCGUGGUGAAGGCAAUUCAAUUGCAGUCCACAGAACUUCAUUCAUAGUGCCGUUUGGCCGCGUGCGAGUUGUUGUGAAUCCAUUUGAGAUGAAAAGUGGCUGGCUAGAGAGAGAAUUAGCUUCCGAGUGUGCAUAGAGAGAGAUAAGUUUUUAGUGCCAUUUGGUCAGGCGAAAGGGAAUCUUCUGCGGGGAAGAGUAUCUCAGUUUUCACUGCUUUCUCGUCCACUCUAUUAUUAUUGAUUUCUUCAGCCGGAAAACUUAUGAAUCACUCGAGGAGUGCGUUCUACAAGGAAAUCUGCCCAAAUAGAAGAGGUGCGUGCGCGUACAACAACCGACCACCAGCCAGAGUGUAAAUUGCCCUAAACCGAUUUCUGGGAUCAUCAGGCAAACACCCGUGAAUGAUCUCAACAAAUAAACUAUACGAUAAUUUCUACGUAAACGCACCACAGACGCAAGGAGUUAAUUUAUCGGCGAAUACUCCACUUGAAGAUCCAUUUGAGAAAUGGUGGGAAUCUGGUCAGGCAUUCCACUCUGAUUCACCAUCUUAAUAUUGAACGAUAUUGAGUGAAAAUUUGGUAUUUCUCAAUGUUUGAUUCAUGGAACAGUUCGUCCGUGAGAUGAAAAGGAAGAAGUUAGAGUGGAUGAAAAUUAAGUGAGGUGCCAUAUAAGUGAAUCACACAAUGGAAAUUUUGUGGAAAUUCUUAGUGAUUGCACAAUUAAUAAGUACCAUUUGGGGAUAUUUUGUGAUGGAAGCUGAAGCUGAAACUACAACGUUACGCCCUUCAGGACAUUCGACGAUGCCGCACAAGAUCACUGAUUGUCCUCCUGGGCAGCUGGAUGACUGUCAGGGAGGAUAUGAGGAGUACUACUUAGAACACAGUGUCAGCCAGAAAGAUGCCAAGAAGAGUCUCAAGGAAUCCAUAGAAAACAGCGCGAAAAACCAAAGACCCGCAUAUUGUGGCGAAUGUACAAAUACCAUUCGUAAAUACUGUCUGAGUCCUCAUCUUCUUCACGACCACUGCUGCUGUGAUCUGCGACAUGGCAAAGAAGAACUUCCCUGGAUCCCCCAUUCGUGCUAUAUUGGUCAGAAUCAGUGCAAAGCAUCUGUUGGAUCGUGCCUAAUAUAUGCAGAAUAUAAAACUUGCUGCUGUGAUCAACUUCUCAUUGAGCAAUGGAAAUCAAUUUUCUCACCAGCACUGAAAGUGCAACCAACGCAAAAUAUUAUUGUGAUUUUACCUCUUUAUCUAAUUACUAGAUAUUUAGUGUAAUACUUAAUGUGUCUUGUUACCAUGUAAAUGUAAAAAAAACUUGAUGUAGCUUCUGUGUAAAAGCACCAAAAAAAAAACCAUUGAAGUCAAUAUGCAUUAAAGACAUUUUUAAAAUAA